AUGCCUCGCCCAGCAAUCAGAAGGCGGCAGGCCGUCGAAUCCGUGCCUUCUGCCAAUCCCAUCACCAACUUCACACGCGUUGCCAAGACGCAAACAUUGCCCGAUGCAGCCGCAAAAUCGGCCGUCGUCGUGGAAAUACCUGCUCCCAGCUCGUCACGCAAGAGGAAAGCAAGCUCCAUCGAACAGGACACCGACAGACGACUGGCACGACGCACUGUUUCUUUCCCUCCCAGCAGUGACGAAGACGAGAAGGAGCACACCUCCUCGAAGCGUCCAAGACGGGCCGGGCCAUCUGCCGCCGCGGAAUGCAUCCGAGUCUCUACCCCCAGCAAGGGAAAACACACGGCCAAGGCGACGCCGUCUAAGACAAGGACGGCCCACAGACCAAGCCAGUCCACCAUCAUCACCAAGGCCAUACAACAAGAGAAGAAGAUCCAAACCAAGAUUGACGUCCUCUACCAGAAAAAAGCCGACAGAGCCAAGGCCAACGGAGACGACAAGUCCCUGCCGCCGCAGCUGGUCGACCUGAUUGCCCUCAACAAGGCGUUCCUCAAGACCAUCAUGAUUCAGAUUUCCCACAGCGGCAGCACAGCGCCCAUUGACAUCAGGGUGAUUUCACCAAACGUCUCGCGAACAUGGGGGAAACGACAAGUCACCGUGGACGACAUCCGACGGUGCAUUGCGAUCCAGUCCCACGGCAGCGAGGACUCCGCAUCACCAUUCAUCAUCACCGACUACGGACGGGGAAGAGUCUGCGUCGAGCUGGCCCACGGCGUCUCGGCAGCGUCCAUCAAGGAAGACGUUUUAAACAGACAAUUCCAAGACAACAUCCGGGCUCUAUGUGCCGAAAAGGCCACGGACGAAAUGACAGACGUCCACGUCCCCCUGCAGAGCCUGUCCCUGUCCGACCUCCCCCAGGCCGCCAUCACCACCGUGGGCAACGGGCUCAAGGCGAACCCCCUCAUGGCCAAGGGCCAAAGCCUGCUCUCCGAGCUCAGGGGCGGCAUCGCAGCCAGGCAGCAGGAGAAGCGGGAAAAACAGCAGGCGCAGAAGCCCCCCUUGCUCAACCCCGACGGCACCAAGAUGAGUCUCCUCGACCGCCUCCGACACAAGCAGCUCGCCAGGGCGAACGAGCCCGUCCCGCCCUCCGGCCCCGAGCUCCAGCGACGCGCCGCCCUCAACCGCGUCGUCGACGUCGCCGCCACCAUCUCCAUGCUCAGCCUGUCGAACCCGCUGUCCCUCCCCCGGCAGGCCUUCGCCAUGCCCGCCAUAUCGGACAAGCUCAGGGACUCGCUGCGCGUCCCGCUCUCCGCCGAGGAGGGCGUCGCCUGCGUGCGGCUCAUUGCCACCGAAGUCGCGCCCGAGUGGCUGCGCAUCGUGGCCAUUGGCGGCCGAGAAAACGUCGUCAUCCAGCGGCACGGCCAGCCCGUCGAUCGAGUCAUCCGCGAGCGUGUGCAGAAACUGCUCGCUGCGUGA